GUCACAUAUAUUGUCCAGUUUGCUUCAACCUCCACCCACUGCUCGUUGUAGGGUUUUUGCCUCCCCUUGCCGUUGUGCGUUAGCUUGUCGGACAAAGCUUCGAUCGAAAUGGUGAAGGAACGCCAGGGAGAGCGAGUCAGACUCUAUGUACGAGGAACGAUUCUUGGGUACAAAAGGUCGAAAUCGAACCAGUACCCGAACACAUCGUUAAUCCAGAUUGAAGGUGUGAACACGAAGGAGGAGGUUGCGUGGUACUGCGGGAAGCGCAUGGCUUACAUCUAUAAGGCAAAGGUCAAGAAGAACGGUUCGCACUACCGCUGCAUCUGGGGUAAGGUUACAAGGCCUCACGGUAACAGUGGAGUCGUUCGGGCUAAGUUCAAGUCGAAUCUUCCUCCCAAAUCCAUGGUAACCACGCACCAUUUCCAGUUGCUUUUUUUUUUUUCUUUUUCAAUUUUAAUUGGGUUUGAAAUUGCAAUCUGAAGUGCCAUUUUAAAUACUUAUUUUGCACAGGGAGAUAGAGUCAGGGUUUUCAUGUACCCGAGCAACAUUUGAGGUAUUCGUGCAUUGCCUUUCCUCUUUUAUACAAUAAAAGGAAUAAUAUUCAUCUCCUUUUAAACAUGUUUGGAUAUGUUAUUUAUUUGAGGGGAAAGCGGAACCAUCCAUUAAAUGUUUUUGAUGUUGUGUUUUGAUAUUGCUUUACUCUGGUUUGUGCAUCAUGCGACCCAUCUUUAGGAUCUUUGGUUUACUGAAUAUUUCCCACUUUUUUUUUUCUAUUUUUUUAGCAGACAUGGAAUUACAAUGGUCAAUUUGUUGUUAUCGUAGCAUGUGAUUGUAGUUUGAACUUAUGGAUGUAGUUUUAGUAUUGUGAAAGUAGCUCAAUUAUGUUGUGUGUGCUUUAA